CGAGUGCCUCCUCUCGACUCCACAGACAGUUAAACAAACUACAGCAUCACCCUGCGCCUUUGUUGUGAGACGAUAGCAAGGCGACUGUUUAUCAUUCGAGUUAGCUAAUCUAGGGUCAGUUUUAUGGGAGGAAAACAUAAAUAGUAGCUUGAAAUGAUAUGUAUUACGUUUUGACGUAACUGAAUCCUCCCAAGGUGGGAUCCGUAGCACAUCAAGGUUAAGUAGUGAGUCGCCAUCCAAGAGGAAGUUUGACAGAUCGACGAGAGUACCCAUGACGUCUGCGGCAGAGACAGUGGAAAAUGCCUCCAUCAUGUCAGAGAGUGCGGCCCAUGAUGGAAACCGCUUGUGGAUCGGCAACAUAGAUCCCAAAAUUACAGAGUAUCACUUGGUGAAAUUGUUGGAGAAGUUUGGCCAUGUGAAGCAGUUUGACUUCCUGUUUCAUAAGUCUGGGCCUUUGGAGGGACAGCCACGGGGCUACUGCUUUGUCAACUUCAACACCAGAGAGGAGGCAGAGAGGGCCAUCCAGUGUUUAAAUGGGAAGCUAGCUUUGUCUAAGAAGCUAGUUGUGCGCUGGGCACAUGCACAGGUGAGGAGGUUUGAAGGUUUCCGUAAUGACAAGACCAUGCCUCAGAGCCUGGAGCCAUCGAGCAGCGGGGGGGCAGACGAUGGACCCGUAAGUGCCAACCACCUCAGUACGAGUGCUAAGAUCCGUGCCAUCGAGGCCAAGCUCCAGAUGAUGGACGAGAAUCCGGAGGAUGACUACUCGGGCCCGUCGGCCUACGUUUACAACAAACCGCCAGAGAGGAAACGCUGGGAGCCCUACUCUAAAUCACACAACAACCAGAGCAGGCCCUUCCGCAGGUUUAGGAGAUGACCCAUCCCACUCAUUCUGGAGAUCCCCCCCCCCACACUCCGUCGACACACUUCAGCCCCCAUCUACACACAAACUGACUCCACACCAGAUACUCUAAAGACUAUACACAGCCUAUGAAAGGUUUUGAAAAUACUUUGAGAACCAAGAACUCUUUGGGAGUAAUCACAGCAAUCACGGACAAGUACCAAAAGUGUUUUCAGUUAUUUUACAGUUAUUAUUUACUCUUAACAUAUGCCCCAUACAUGACAGAUGUGCAGGUGGGAUCUUAUACGUCUGCGUUCUCGCUUUGGCAGAGAUUUGAAUCGGCAGCUGUGAGUCAUGUGACCCAGAGCUGCCAGAAAAGAAAAAUGAUCUUAUUAUAAAAGAGUCUAAAUGCUGAUUCUCUUAUUGGUUUUGACAUGUUUUUACUUUCAGAGAGAUUAUUUAAAGGUGAAAUACAAUUUUCUUUAAUCAAGACUUCAAUGAAGAGGAAGACAUGCAAAUAUUUGUAACAGGUUUGUAUCCUUGGAGUUUGAAUAGUAAGCCACUCAGCAACGCGGUGUGUUGCAGUAUUGUGUGUGACAUUGCUCUUUUCCUAAUAGUUUGCUUUUUUUUCAAUUUUGUAAGACUGUAUUCAAACUCUUUUUUACUGACUUUGUUUCUUUUCUGUAGAUUUUUGUUGGAAGUUCCCUUUAAUAUUCCUAUUAAAGGCUAAUAAAUAUAACAUCUGCAGCCUGUUGUUUUAUGCCAUUUUUGUGUUUAGUCAAUAACAUUACAAUGCUCUCGUCCACAUGCUUUUGCUGGAAUAGUCCAAUUGUUUUUGUAAGGAAUUUGGGAGGAAAACAUCUGCAUCUCAUUAAUGAGAACCGUUUGUGGACUACCAUUUUAAACCAUUAAUCCAGCAUGGUUUUAAAAAAUGCAGUUCAGGACUAUGACAGAAAUAUAAAAAAAACAUUGUAGAGAUUACCACGAGUACUGACAAAUGUACCAAUGCUUUCUGUAAUAACUGAUCAUGCUUAAUGGCGUUCAGCUUAGAGUCCCAGAUUUCCCCAGACCUGAUGGAUACUGACUGUUUUGUUCAUUUGCAUUCUAUCAAAUUGUGCCGUUUUAAUAUUUUGUAUUUUCAAAUGUGACGUUUGUUAUGGAUUUCUGUGUUUACAUGGAGCAAACUUUUGUUGAGAUCCAAGUUGUAUUUUCCAUCAGGUGUUACAAUUCUCCUUAAGGUGAAAAGAGGGUAAAGAAAAAUGGACACAAUAUGUUGGCGAAAUAUAGCAUAAUUAAGUUUGUGAGAAGAAAGAAUUUGCAAACCAAAUUUGCAGAACCAUUUUUAAUAAGUUUAAGAUGAAAACUUCUGUGGAUAAAUAACAUUGCAAGAGGGAUGGAAAUCGGCCGAUUAAUUGUACAAGUUGAGAUAAGAGAGCAUCAAAAUCCUACCUCUUGACAUGCCAUUUUUUUCUCGUAAAAUCAACCUGCAGCAAUUUCUGAUCAACCGUUUUCUUUGUAUUGUGUGUUUUUAUCUGUUUGCAAUAAAAGGCCUAUCCGUUCAAUUAUAA